AUGAACCGCCCCUGCCUGCCUCUCUCCGCCCCGAAGUCCGCGCUGACGGGCUUGCGGCCGACGACGUCGCGGAGCACACGCGUCGUGCCGAACGCCCUGUUCGGGAGGGGCGGCACCGAGAAGGCCAUCGUGGUCAAGGACGGGGACACGCUGUGGGGCAUCAGUGUGAGGGAGAACGUGCCGCUGGACGACCUCAUCAAGGCCAACGACGGGUCGGACUUCAUCCGCCCCCGGCAAGUCCUCAAGGUCAAAGUCAAGGGCGGCACCUCCGCCAUGCAGGAGGCGAGCGCGGCCGACACGAAGCUCAAGGAGCAGGCGAAGCAGACGGUCAAGCAGCUGCGCAACACCCGGGACCAGGACCUCACCACGGCGAAGGGCGAGAGGGGCGCGGAGGGUGCCAAGGUGGUGGGCAUGGUGCCUCCGAGCUCCGGCAUCAGCGAGGCGCGCGUAGAGGCCGCCAGGGAGGGCGCCGCCUCGACGGGCAUCCUCGCCGCGAAGACCAUCACAGUCGCCGUCGCGGCGUACGGGGUCUGGCGCGUGUUCCGCGGCACGUUCGAGGCGCUGGGCGUCGGCGUCGUCAAGCGCCUCAAGGGGGAGUCCACCUUCGGUCUCGGUGACGUGUACAACAGCCUGCGUGCGCGGCCCGGCAAGGAUUCGGAGGACCCGUCGACGGCCGCGCAGGCCGCGCCGACGAACGGCGCGCCGACGAGCACCGCGCCGGUGCCGCCCGCGCCGCCCGUGCCCCGCGCGCCGGUCAACGGCCACGGCACGGCGCCGGCCAUGAUGCCCGUGGCUCCCCCGAUGACGCACAUUCCCUGCUUCCGGUACCCCGACGGCGGGGUCGGGUUCUUCAUCGCGGACGUGUCCGGGCCGUACGGCGACGAGGACCCGCGGCUGGUGUGCUUCGAGGACGAGUUCGAGGCGCGGCGUCUGGCGGACCUGUUGCGCAAGUGGCGCCCGGCGGAGGAGGUGACGCCGCUGGUGCAGCCGGGCCCGCCGGAGGUGCUCGAGGAGCUGUCCAAGGCGCGCCGGUGCGAGGUGCUCGUGGUGAAGCCGGGGGAGGUCAGUCUGUCGGGGUUCGUCUCCGAGGAGGAGGUUCAGGCGCGCCUGGCCAGCGUGGUGCGCAAGAGGUGA